GGCGGCCGCUUCCAGGAGUCCACAGCCCGCCUCGUCUUCUGAGUCAGGACAGUGUCCUGGCCCCCAGUCUAUCGAGGAAAAAUGAAGUUAAGCCGCCAGUUCACUGUGUUCGGCAGCGCGAUCUUCUGUGUGGUGAUCUUCUCGCUCUACCUGAUGCUGGACCGGGGUCACUUAGACUAUCCCAAGAGCCCGCGCCGCGAGGGCUCCUUUCCCCAGGGCCAACUCUCAAUGUUGCAAGAAAAAAUAGACCAUUUGGAGCGUUUGCUGGCUGAGAAUAAUGAGAUCAUCUCAAAUAUUAGAGACUCUGUCAUCAAUUUGAGUGAGUCUGUGGAGGAUGGUCCGAAAAGUUCAAAAGACAGUUUCGGCCAAGGUGCUGGCUCACCUCUUCUGCCGUCAAAACUGUCCCUUGAAGUCAACCCUGAAGACUGUCUGUUUGCUUCACAAAGUGGAAGUCAGAAGUCAGAAGUGCAGAUGUUGGAUGUUUAUAGUCUAAUUCCUUUUGACAAUCCAGAUGGUGGAGUUUGGAAGCAAGGAUUUGACAUUACCUAUAAAUUUAAUGAAUGGGACACUAAGCCCCUUCAAGUCUUUGUGGUGCCUCAUUCCCAUAAUGACCCAGGUUGGUUGAAGACUUUUGAGGACUACUUUAGAGAGCAGACUCAGUUUAUUUUUAAUAACAUGGUCGUCAAGCUAAGUGAAGACUCACGGAGGAAAUUUAUAUGGUCUGAGAUCUCUUACCUUUCAAAGUGGUGGGAUACUAUAGAUACUCAGAAGAAGGAUGCUCUUAAAAGUUUACUAGAAAAGGGUCAGUUUGAAAUUGUGACAGGUGGCUGGGUUAUGCCUGAUGAAGCUUCUUCACAUUAUUUUGCCUUAAUUGACCAACUCAUUGAAGGACAUCAGUGGCUGGAAAAAAAUCUAGGAGUGAAACCUCGGUCCGGUUGGGCUGUUGAUCCUUUUGGACAUUCACCAACAAUGGCUUAUCUUCUAAAACGUGCUGGAUUUUCCCACAUGCUUAUCCAGAGAGUUCAUUAUGCAGUUAAAAAACAUUUUGCAUUGCAAAAAACGCUGGAGUUUUUUUGGAGACAGAAUUGGGAUCUGGAAUCUGUCACAGAUAUUUUUUGCCACAUGAUGCCCUUCUACAGCUAUGACAUCCCUCACACUUGUGGACCUGAUCCUAAAAUAUGCUGCCAGUUUGAUUUUAAACGGCUUCCUGGAGGCAGAUUUGGUUGUCCCUGGGGAGUCCCCCCAGAAACAAUAUCUAUUGGAAAUGUCCAAAACAGGGCUGAGUUGCUUCUAGAUCAGUACCGAAAGAAGUCAAAGCUUUUCCGUACUACAGUUGUCCUGGCCCCACUAGGAGACGAUUUCCGCUUCUGCGAACGCACAGAAUGGGAUCAUCAGUUCAAGAAUUAUCAGCUGCUUUUUGAUUAUAUGAAUUCUCAAUCUAGAUACAAUGUUAAGAUACAGUUUGGGACUUUAUCAGAUUAUUUUGAUGCACUGGAUAAAGAAGAUGCAGCCAAUACAAAUAGCCAAUCGAUGUUCCCUGUUCUAAGUGGAGAUUUUUUCACCUAUGCUGACCGAGACGAUCAUUACUGGAGUGGCUACUUUACAUCGAGACCCUUUUACAAACGAUUGGAUAGGAUAUUGGAAUCUCAUUUAAGGGCUGCUGAAAUUCUUUACUAUUUCGCCCUGCAACAAGCUCAGAAAUACAAGACAAGUAAAUUUCUUUCAUCAUCCUAUUACACGGCACUGACAGAAGCCAGAAGGAAUUUGGGACUAUUUCAACAUCAUGAUGCUAUCACAGGAACCGCAAAGGACUGGGUGGUUGUGGAUUAUGGUACCAGACUGUUUCAUUCAUUAAUGAAUUUGAAGAAGAUAAUUGGAAGUUCUGCACUACUUCUUAUUUUGAAGGACAAACACUCAUACGACUCUACUGAUACCCUCUUAGAAAUGGAUUUGAAACAAAAAUCACAAAGUUCUCUGCCACGCAGAAAUAUAAUAAAGCUGAGUGCGGAGCCAAGGUAUCUUGUGAUCUAUAAUCCUUCAGAACAAGACCGAAACUCAAUGGUCUCAGUCUGGGUGAGUUCCCCCAAAGUGCAAGUGUCUUCUGCUUCAGGAAAGCCUGUGGAAAUUCAAAUGAGUGCAGUUUGGGAUACAGCAAAUACUGUUUCAAAGACAGCCUAUGAGAUCUCUUUUCUAGCACAGAUGCCACCACUGGGACUAAGAGUAUAUACAAUUUCAGAAUCAACAAGCUCAAAUUCACAUUUAGCUGAAUAUGUUCUGUAUCAUGGUAAUGUAGAAAAUACAGGAAUUUUCAACAUGAAGAAUAUAAGAAGUACUGAAGAAGAUAUAACUCUAGAAAAUUCCUUUAUUAAGCUUCGGUUUGGUCAGUCGGGGCUUAUGGAGGAAAUGAUAAAGAAAGAAGAUGGUAAACGUCAUGAAGUAAAAGUGCAGUUUUCAUGGUAUGGAACUACAAGUAAAAAGGACAAAAGUGGUGCCUACCUCUUCUUACCUGACGGGGAAGCCAAGCCUUAUGUUUACACAACACUGCCCCUUGUCAGAGUGCAACAUGGAAGGUUUUAUUCGGACGUGACUAGCUUUUUUGAACAUGUUACCCAUAGAGUCCGACUGUACAACAUACAGGGAAUAGAAGGACAGUCUGUGGAAGUUUCCAAUAUUGUGGACAUCCGAAAAGUAUAUAACCGUGAGAUUGCAAUGAGAAUUUCUUCUAGCAUAAACAGCCAAAAUAGAUUUUAUACUGACCUAAAUGGAUACCAGAUUCAACCUAGAAUGACGAUGAGCAAAUUGCCUCUUCAAGCAAAUGUCUAUCCAAUGACUACAAUGGCGUAUAUCCAGGAUGCUGAGCAUCGCUUGACACUGCUCUCUGCUCAGUCUUUAGGUGUUUCAAGUUUGAAAAGUGGUCAGAUUGAAGUUAUCAUGGAUCGAAGACUCAUGCAAGAUGAUAAUCGUGGCCUUGAGCAAGGCGUCCAUGAUAAUAAGAUUACAGCUAAUUUAUUUCGGAUACUACUAGAAAAAAGAAGUGCUGUGAAUAUGGAAGAAGAGAAGAAGUCAGUCAGUUAUCCUUCCCUCCUUAGCCAUAUAACUUCUUCUUUCCUGAAUCACCCUGUCUUUUCAAUGACAGAAAAGAUCCCCGUACCCACUCUUCAGCUGCUGGGUGAAUUCUCUCCGUUACUGUCAUCUUUGCCUUGUGAUAUUCAUCUGGUUAAUCUGAGGACCAUACAGUCACAGGAGAAUGGCGAGUAUUCGGAUGAGGCAGCCCUGAUCCUCCACAGGAAGGGGUUUGAUUGCCGCUUCCCCAGCAGAGACACGGGGCUGCUCUGUUCCACAACCCAGGGAAAGAUAUUGGUACAGAAACUCUUUAACAAGUUUAUUGUUGCAAGUCUCGUACCUUCAUCAUUAUCCUUGAUGCAUUCACCUCCAGACGCCCGAAAUAUAAGUGAGAUCAACUUGAGUCCCAUGGAAAUCAGCACAUUCCGAAUCCAGUUGAGGUGAACCAGCCUUUCACAUUUGGAUUGGGAAGCAUUGGCUGUUAUACACUUCUUGGUUUGACGUGCAAUAAGGAAGCACAUUGUUUUAGUUUCUGGCUACUGUGAGAACACGAAUUCUGUGAUUUUUUUUUUUUUUUUUUUUUUUACCAGUACAGUAAGAAAAAAGAAGCCAUGCUAUAAACAAUUUUUUUUUUCCUUAAGUUCCUUCCAUGAACUACCACCAUCAGUAGUUGGAGCAACAAAUGAAGAAAUGUCUAAAGACAACCUCUCAACAGAUUGUAUCUCAGGUUAAGUGCUAACUAAUUAUAUCUGUGUUGGAGGUUGUGAAGAGAUUGUUAUAAGUAUUCAUGUUGCUGAUCCUUCAUUAGUUUUACAAAAAUACCCAUUUUUACCAAAAUUGAAUAAAGAGCUGGUGGGUAAUAGCUAAUGGCCAAAAUGGUUGCAAUCAUUUAUAUACAUUAGAAAAAUUUUAUGUGUUGAAAUAUGUGGAAAAGUGCAAUCCAUCAACCCUUAUGAUCUACAUAGUUGGUUUUACACCUUUUUGUAAUAUACCACUUGACCCCUCCCUUCCCACCCUUUGUAAGUAUUUCCAGAAAUAUCAGAUUUUAAAUCAUUCAGUAGUAGAAAAAGGACAUAUUUUCAUUACUUGACAAUGUGGGAUAGGUGCAAUUUAUUCCAUUGUCACUAAACUAUAGGAAGCAAUUCCAUAGGUACCAUUACCUAUUUUAGGUACCACAAGGUGUCUUUUUACACAGCUUGUUUGAAUACAGAAGUUCUGAGAAGGGGUUUUCUAUUUUAAAUUACCAUAUCAAAAUAAAUGUGCCUUAUUUUUUUAUACGUCUUGUUAAAUCUUUUGGUGUCCGUAUUACUGUUUGGGGAA